GUAGUAAGACGCGCUCUGCCAGCGGAUCUGUCAUUUCAGAGUUCCACGGACUACAGACCAGUUACUUCUUUGUUUUAAGUGAAGCCUUUUUUGUUGUCGAAUUCUAAUCAUGUCUAAGAUCAUCAGGAAGAUAAUCAACACCACUAAAGCGCCGGCAGCUAUCGGGCCGUACAGCCAGGCGGUGGUGGUGGACAGGACCAUGUACGUGUCGGGCCAGCUGGGGAUGGACCCUGCCUCUGGUCAGCUGGUGGAGGGAGGGGUUCAGGCUCAGACCAAACAGGCUCUGGUGAACAUGGGGGAGAUCCUGAAAGAAGCAGGAUGUGGAUAUGACAGUGUCGUGAAAACCACGGUUCUUUUGGCUGACAUGAAUGACUUCGUGAGUGUAAAUGAUGUCUAUAAAACAUUUUUCAGCAGUAACUUCCCAGCCAGGGCUGCCUACCAGGUCGCUGCUCUGCCCAGGGGUGGGCUUGUAGAGAUUGAAGCUGUCGCUGUUCUGGGCCCUCUGACUGAGGCCUCUUGAUGUUUGCCUGUUCUGGGCCCUCUGACUGAGGCCUCUUGAUGUUUGCCUGUUCUGGGCCCUCUGACUGAGGCCUCUUGAUGUUUGCCUGUUCUGGGCCCUCUGACUGAGGCCUCUUGAUGUUUGCCUGUUCUGGGCCCUCUGACUGAGGCCUCUUGAUGUAGCCUACAUGUCAGUGACAGAACAGGAAAAUCAACAACUCCCAUGUCCCAUAAAAUGACGUGCCAUCACAAUACCAGCGUAUAGUGAAUCAUUUCCAUUGGUUAAGAUCGUCCAAUAAAACAUCACUUCCUGUUUUACUUGAUGGUUUAAAAAUACAGUCAAAACAGAAUGAAUGUAGCUCUUUUCCACAUGAUUAAAGCACUGAGUGUGAAUUUA